AUGAGCGACGUCGACGAGCACCACACUGUCAAGCAUCACAUCUCUAAGCAUAUCUUCUUCAAGGACGUCAUCAUCGGGUUCAUCAUUGUCGAGCCCCUCGUCGUUAAGCACAUCAUCAUUAAACACGCCAUCUUCAAGCACUUCGACGUUGAGCAUCUCGUCAUCAAGAACCUCAUCAGAGAGCACCUCAUCUUCAAGCAGCUCAUCGUCAAGCCUCUCGUCGUCUACGUUCACGUUCGCAAGUUCUACAAGUGCUACCCCGUCAAGCACCUCAUCAUCGGUUUCGUCGUCAUCGCGCACUUCAUCGUCAAGCAGCACAUCACCAAACUCCAUAACGUCUACGGUUACUUCCACAAGUUCUACGGGAACUACAUCGUCAAGCACAUCGAGCACUUUGAAGAUGGUGCGAACCCCUGGAUUCUUUAUCGAACAACUGUUGAAACCGGCGUUGUCGGUGUGUACGACCACCCGCAGGACGGCAAUAAAUAUGCGUUUACUCCAUUCUACUCCGGCGUUCAAUCUGGAUUUAUUGCGCAGAUUCUUGUCGGCUUAACAGUCGGCAGGCCCUACCGCCUAAAGUUUUACUACGGGCUGGGUAUUUUGACACAGACCGGAGCAUACGGCAACUGCCAGUUGAGGCUACAAAUGUCUGGGACAUAUUCAGUGGGAAAUACCAUCACAGUGGGCAACACGCCCGCAGGUGAGUACCAACUGUCGGACCAGAUUUACACCCCAGAUUCGGGCUACAACGCCAACCCGGCGUUUCAAGUUGCGAUUUCUUGCGCCGACACCGCCAACCCCGCUGUCGCCGAUUUCUUGCUCGACAACUUCUCACUCACGGAUUCCACCCAAUGCCCCUAG